GAUUUGCUUCUUUUGAGACAUGGAACUAGAUCACAUCUGCUCUGGGUGCUACCACUUUCGGGUUUUCUCACUGCAAGAAGCACUCGAUUUGCGGUUUCUUGCGCGUUCAGACUUCCUUGUUGGCUCUUUCGUCAUCUGCACUUAAUGUUCUGCCCUUCUUCCGCCAUCUUCAUCGAAGGUGCGAGUCAGGGUUGAUGUCUGCAAGUUAUCAUUCCGUCGAAUAGGCCUAGAGUCUCUCAUCUAAACCUGGUCCCUAGAGUCAAAAAAAGUCCUGUUAGUCCCUAUUCCAUACCUGGUUCUUGUAGAAGACUGAACAAGGAUGUACCAGUUUCUUUUCAAGUUUUGACAUGUCGUAGCUUUGAUAGUACUGUCUUUUGAGUCUCCGAACCCCUUGAGUGAAUUGUUCUCAACAUUCCCACUUGUUGGUUCGUUCUUCAUUGUGUCUUUCAGUUCUCAACAUGUUUUGUCUUCUUCUCUUGGUGUCUUUCUUUUGCCUUGAUGGUAAACCAAUUGGUUUUCAUAAGUAAAUAACGGCCAGCCUACCCUGCGGGAGAAUCUUCGAGCUUCGCUGGCAUACGAACAAGUGGAAGAUUUUAGUUACAGAAACAUUUCAGUUCUCUAGAGACAAAAA